UUGACACUAAACUUCAUAACUUUUGUGUUUUAAGCUUUUUUACAAAAUAACUACAAUACAAAUGAAUAAAUUGCUAUUUAAUCCUCAAUUUAAAUAAACCUAUUUAAUUAACUUUAAUAUUUUUUCAAAAUGUUUUCGAGGACAUGUAGACUUUCCAUAGGAAUACUGCGCCCAGAAACAUUACAGAUUACAUUGAAUUCGGGCAUCAAAUAUUUUCCUCCACCCAAGAAUUAUGACGACAUUGAAAUUCCUGAACGUCAGCGACUCAGAAUAUAUGACAAAGUUCCUCUGUAUCCUGCUAACUUGAAACCACCAAAGAUGCAAAAACGUUUGCGUUACAUGAGAGGUCCAGAACCGUUGCACAAUAGCUUACAGCUGAAGCAAUAUGGUGUAGUUGCUACAGGAGGUGGUAGAUUACGUCAUGAGCAUUUUGAAAUGGCUCGGCUGCAAGUUGCCAGGAGGUUAGACAUGAAGAGGAUGUUUGCCAUAUGGCGGGUGGAUCCCCCGUGGCAACCUGUCACCAAAAAGGGCCAGGGCCAAAGAAUGGGUGGAGGAAAAGGUGCCAUUGACCAUUACGUGACACCCAUCAAGUCUGGAAGAAUUAUACUAGAAGUUGGUGGGAAGUGUGAAUAUGCUGAGGUACAUGAUAUGUUAAGGAUUAUAUCAGAAAGGUUGCCAUUUAAAGCUGAGCCAGUGUCACAAGAAAUUAUGGAGAAAAAGGCACAAGAAGAGAAAUGGAUGGAAGAAAACAAUCAAAAUAAAUAUACAUUGAAGUAUAUAAUGCAGAACAAUAUGGGUGGAUGCCACAGAUACCUAUCAAGAUACGAUCACAGAUGGUAUGGGAAAUAUGUUUAGGUAGGUAAUUAUUAUAUUAUUAAGGGUGUGUAAAUGAAAUGAAAUGAAAUUGUACAAAACAAUAAAGUAGAUAUAAAAU